AUGAAUCCACCAGAUAACACCAGAAUCAGACUGAUGAGAGAGUGUAGUUGGACGGACAGUGAUUCGUCCUCCAAUGACACUGGCGAAAGUGCUGAAAGCCGCCAGGCUAACAACCCACAUCCACCUCCAGAACUGCGAAGAAGGAGGAGCCAUCUAUUUAGCUUCUCAUCGGAGGAGUUGGAGGAAAGAAGGAGUGAAGAGAGAGAGUGUUUAGUGGGUUUUCUGCUAGACAUCAGGAAAUUUUCAACUGAAUUUGUGCAAAGAUAUAUCAAUCACGAAUGGGAGCUAAGAGGAGCAGCAACAGUGCUUGGAAGGGAUGAUAAUCGUUUCCUGAUCCAUUUUGAACGAGAAAUCGACAGAAGAGUUGGAGUGCUGGCCAACCCAUGGGCAAUUGAUGGAGGAAUUUUUGUGAUGCAACCAUGGACCCAAAUGUUCCACUCGCUCAGGCAAGACUCCAAAGGAUUAACUUAUGUUCCACUAACGCCUGGUUGCACUCUCGAAAGAGACGAUGGCUCCAACCAAUGGGUUAGAUUUCGCUAUGAAAGGAUCCAGAAGUUUUGCUUGAACUGCGGUGAAAUUGGACAAACGCAUAGAUACUGCAACAGCUCCUUUGAAGAGGUUGAAAGGAGAAUCAACCUCAGCAUGAACAGAACCAGCCAGCGUCACAAUCUACCUAUAGUGACAGAAAUCGAUGAGACUCACUUCUCCAACCAAAUGAGAGCCUAUCUCACAAGGGUUAGCAGGAGAAAUACAAGGAUCGGAUAUAGGCAGACACAAAUUCAAGAAGAAGAGCAGAAUGCCAGAAGAGAAACUCAGGUGGAAAAUGCUGAACAAGUUACACAACCCAUGCAUGAAAACGAGCAGCAGGAAACAACUGAACAAAUAGAGUUGGAAGAUUUGCCAGAUGCUACACAACCACUAGAAGAAAUAGUCCCACCAAUUCAGAGACAAAGGGAGACAGCAAGUCUAGGAGCAAUCAGAGAUUUCACGGAGGUAAUACCUACCUUUGAAGAAAGUGAAACUGAGAUUUUCAAUAGGAAUCUAGAUAUCAGAGUGGCAAAUCUACGAGAAGAGUUUAGGCACCUUACACAGAGGCAUCGAAACCAACCUAGUCCUCUCAUUGAGGCUGAGAUGGGGGAUGGUCAGUAUCCUCUUAGCCCAAUAGAGGAUCCAGUAAGAGAGUUCCACCAUUCUGUUGAGAGAACAGAAAGAAUUUUUGCUAGGCACGAGAAUGGUUUCCAAAACCAGGCAGAUUACGACGAUAUGAUGUUUUCGUUGGCUAGGGAACAAUCACAUUUUGAGCAUAUCUGUCAGGAAAUCGUGAGGCAGAGUGACUACAUGCUAUUGGGGAUUCAGAUGAGACAUUUAAACACUCCUUAUGUUCAGAGUUGCGAGCCAAGAUGGGUAAAUCUGCCAACGGGAGGUACUACUUUUACAAAUGCUAAGCUGGUUCAAGAAGAAGGACGGGAGGCAGAAAGCAGUGCCAUGGCAGAGAGAAGGGCUCAAGAGGAAGAGACCGAAUACAAGGAGCUGGUGGAUCUUCAAUUACAGCUGAUAAUGAAAGCAGAAGAAUCUGAGAAUUUCAGACUAAUAGGCAACAGCACCUACAACUUUCAAAUGCAAGAUCUGUCAAGGAACCUGCACACAAUAACAGAAGAAGGAGAAGAACAUGAGGCACCAUUAAGAGAGGUGGGAAUCGAACAAAAUGCUGAUGAGAUGCAGGAAGCAACCAGGGAGACCUAUAAUAAUCAGAGACUCACAGGAGAGAGAACUGGGGUUAAGGCAGGCUGUCCCAAAACAGCCUCCCACAAACCUAUGAAUCUCAUCAGUUGGAACGUUAGAGUAGAAAAAGUUAGAAGGCUCACUAGGAGCUGGGGUUUUCACCAUAGUGUAGGAUCUUCGUCAGUAGGACUUAGUGGUGGUAACCUACUUUUGUGGAAUGACUCUGUAAAGGUUACCAUUAUGUCCUUUAAUAAAAAUGUCUUUUUGUUGUAUGUGGAUUUGGGUAAGACAAAAAGCUGGGUAACAUGCAUCUAUGGAUGCCCAGAACUAAAGAGUAGAAAGAAAGUGUGGAACCAACUUAUCCAGAUUAGGUCUAACAUACCCAACAAUGAGGAAUGGAUAGUGGUGGGGGAUUUCAACCAAGUCCUGUACCAAUCUGAUAAACUAUCCAAAACAUCCACCUCUCUACAGGGGUCAGAGGAUUUCCAACAAUGCUUGGACUAUUGCAACCUAUCAGAAGUUAACUUCAGAGGGUUGCAUUACACAUGGUCAAACAGAAGGGACCCAGGAAUCUGCACUUGGGAAAGACUGGACAGAGCUUUUGCAAAUGCAACAUGGUUUCAGAUUUAUGAACAUGUAGUACUCACCAACCUCCCAAUAACAAUAUCAGACCAUAGCCCCAUGCUGCUACAAUUUAACAGAAAAGAAGGCUUCAGAAAGAGACCUUACCGUUUUAAAAUGAUGUGGUCACUCAACCCACAAUGUGAAGAGGUGAUAAAAGAAGGGUGGAACCAACAACUGGUAGGAUCUGCAGCUUACAAGCUAGUACAUAAGCUUAAAUGCACUAGAGAUGUACUAAAGAGAUGGAACAAAACCUCCUUUGGGAACCUAUUCCAGAGGAAGAACAAAAUUGAGAAAGAAUUGGAAAAAGUACAACAGUCUAUAGACCAACCUAGGAGUGAACUUGAGGAAAAAGAACUUAGAAGACAGCUGGAAGAAGUAAUGGAACAAGAACAGCUACUAUGGAUGCAAAAGUCAAAAACUAACUGGAUAGUGAAGGGAGAUAGAAACACCAACUUCUAUCAUACUUUGACAAAGAAAAGGAGAGCAAGAAAUAGGAUUACAAGCAUAAAAAGGAGAAAUGGAACGACCACAGAAGAUCUAUGCGAGAUUGAACAUGAGUUUCUAGAGCAUUUUAGAAAGGUAUUCUCAAACCAUGGGGAUGCUAAUGAGAACAUAAUAAGAGAGAAGCUGGCGAGUAUUCAGAUUCCCAAGCUUGCUCAAGAACAUAAAGAUGUUCUUAAUUCACCUUUCAGUAGGGAGGAAAUCAGGAAGGCAGUUUUUGAAAUGGGACCCUUCAAAGCACCAGGAUUGAUGGUUAAAAAUCUAGAGUCUGUUAAUGACUUCAGACCCAUUAGCCUCUGUACAGUGGUUUAUAAAAUUGGCUCAAGGGUGCUGGUUAAUAGGCUAAAACUUUGCUUGCAAAACUUAAUCACCCCUUUCCAAUCAGCUUUCAUACAAGGGAGAAACAUCCAUGACAAUGUAGCAAUUGGAGCAGAAAUUCUAGAUACUGUGACAAAGAAGAAGAAAGGGAAAGGNGUUAUAGCGCUUUAA